GUAGACACAGGACACUCACAGUUCACGUGCACUACUUCCAGACAAACCCGACGCCAGCACAAACACACUGUCGAUUGUCACGUCCUACGACAAACAAUUCUACGCUAGGCAGGAGACAAUCGACGAACGACCCAUGUAUUUGUACUGAUCCACGGCGACGUCGACGUCUGACCCUGCACGUGAACAUUUUACACAGGACACAACAAAACAGUUUCUUCAGCCCCAACAGUAAAGACGAACAUUCCACUUCCACCACUGUCCUAUCGCUGGUCGCUGCCGAAACAGCUGACUGGAGUACAACAAAGACCCGGCAGCCGUCCCCUCCCGUUCCCUCGCCUCCAUGCCACACUCACGGACUCACCGAUUGGUUCCAGAAACGGGCAUCCAUUUGAAACGGGCAAUGGAACCGUGUUGCUUUUCACUCUGAAGAUGUGUUUCUCUGACUCUGAAGAUGGCACCGUUGAGAGGCUGAAAUUCCUGUCAGGUUACCUGCAGCCAAUUGAUUGAGCUGCCGUGCUGCCGGAGCUCCAAGCUUCGCCUUCCUAUGCGCCACACGGUGGUUGCCCAAAGGGCAAUCCUUAUCCGGCCACGAGAUUAAGCCGGUCGACGGCGGUCCGUCCGAUCGACGGCGACCGUGCGGAUCGGACGGUCGCAGACGGCCCUGACGCUUCGACGCGCGUGCUUUAUCAACUGCUCCCUCCCAGCUCGCCCCGUUCGUCCUCUUCAAUUCCAACUUCUUCCCAGUCGUCACCUCACCUACCGGCUACCAAGAAGCAGAAGCGCACGAGCGACACGCAGCCGCCGCCGCCCAGGAGGACGAGCGCACGAGAAAGCGGAGUUUGAAUGGCCCGCGACGGAGGAGGAGGAGUAGGGUCACCGGUGGCGGUGCGGCGGAGGGUGGCGCUGCGUGCGCUCCUCGCGUCGGGUGGUCAAGCGGAGACGGAGGCCGCGAGGGCGCCGGGCAUGGGCCUGCUGCGCGGCCUCCGGUGCACGUCCGCGGCCGCGUCGCAGGCCAUAGCGCCGGAGACCCCGCGGCCUCCGGCGGACUGGCGCGGGCUCGGGUGCGCGGCGGCGUCCCAGGCGCACGCGCCGGAAGCGGCGCGGCCCGCGGCGGAGUGGCGCGGGCCGCUCGGGUGCGCGUCCGCGGCGGCGGCCCAGGCUAACGCGCCGGUGGGUGCGCCCGCGCCUCGGCGUUCUGAGGAGUGGCGCGGGAGGCGGCGGAGGAACGGGAGGGAGAGGCGGAAGGCGAGGGGCGGCGGCGCCGGCGUCAGUGGCGGUACGGGUGCCGGGGUGGGCGUCGGCGGUGGGGACGUGUGGUGCACGCCGGGGAUACCGUUCGCCGCCGAGGCCUCCUCGGUGGACUGCGUGGUGGCGCCGCACCAGACGGUGGCCACCCGCCGCCGCGCCGAGGCCGAUAGGCCGCGCAGAGAGAGGCCCGGCGCGCCGCCGGCCAGGAGGGUCACCAUGCGGGAGCACAUGUCGUCGUCUCCUCUGAGCUCACCGCCACACCAUGACAUGCCGUUCGUUGAUGCCGACCGUGCACCUUCUGGACGCAUCCGACAUAUCAGUGGCCGCCGGCACGCACGCGCUGAGGAAGAGAUGAUGUUCCGAACAAGGAUAUUAUUGGGAAGAAUGGGUAUUUAUGAUCAGUAUCAAGAUUGGCGCCUCGAUGUUGACAACAUGACAUAUGAGGAAUUGCUCGAUCUUGAGGACCGGAUUGGAUAUGUAAGUACAGGGCUUCGUGAGGACGAGAUCAUUCAGAGUCUUAGGAUGGUCAAGUACUCCGCCUUCAACCCCAAGCAUUUUUCUACGGAAAUGGAUAGGAGAUGUAGCAUCUGUCAAGAAGAGUUUGAAGCAAACGAGGAAACUGGGAAGCUGAGCUGUGGUCACACCUAUCAUGUGCAUUGCAUAAAGCAGUGGCUUUCUCGGAAGAACGCUUGCCCGGUUUGCAAGACCACUGUCUCAAAGACCUGAAGUCCCUGUUCUACUGUCUAAACCACACUUUCAUUGAGUAUAAUUAAUCAAAUCGAAAUGCAAAGGAUUAGUUCUUCUUUUGUUGCUGUACAGCCCAACCAUCUGCAUACACGCUUGUACAAGCACAGGAUCCACAUAUUUAUUUGCAUAUAGAAUUUACAGUUUUUUUC